AUGUCGGGGCUCUUUCGACCUCCGGGCGCGGAUCCACUCGCAACGCGGGCCGAUACCGGGCCGUACGUUCAGAACGUCUGCGGGUGCCUGUCGCUCAGCAAAGCUAAGAUGUAUCGUGACUUCAUCAAGUAUUUCGAAGACGGCGUGAUCUCCGAGGACACGCUUGCUUCGAUGAUCCGCGAAGGUCACAUGUUCGACGAUAACUUCUAUGCUUCUAUACUCCAUGAUGAUCUCGUCCUCGUCAUCCUUUACAACAAACUGGAUGAGAGCCCUGAGGUCAAGGCUGCAGUCGAGGGUGCUGGUGGCAACAUCACUGAAAUUCAGCAAUCUUUGUCAAGCCUUGGGUUUGCUACUUCAGCUGCUGUUCCUGGUAAUGCAGAGCAUGCGGGUGCGGCACUUAUCAAGUUCGACAAGAUGUGGACCAAUGUCACCAAGCAGCCUCAAAACAAGAUGACGUUGUCACUUCGGCCAGCUCUUGCCAAGGAGAGUACGGCCCCAAGCACAAGUCAUAACGAGGCGGGGAAAGCAAAGCGAGUCAGAAACUCAGUUAGUAGUCGGGAGAAGAAGACUCUUGCGGAGGAGGCAGACACGUUUCUCAACGAGGGAAAAUGA